AUGUUAAUGUUCCGAGUCAUCGUUCCGCUGAUCGCUUUCGUCACAAUCACCACCCACUGUUGUCAGCCAAUUCCGCCUUCCUCGGAGAUUAUGGAGCAGAUACGGUUGAGGUUGAAACAAGCCAUCGAAGCGCCGUCGGAUCCAGAGCUUCAGAAUCUAACGAGCGCUCAGAUUGCAGCCUUGGAAGAGACUAUUGAUCGAUACGCAAGAUUGCCUAGCAGAUAUUUGAAUACGCAUGAAAUGUUUGAUGAAAAGGUGAUGGAGAUGUUCAGCAAGGAUCAGAUCAGAAUGUUCAAAGAUUUUGUGGAAAAACGUAAGAGCAAAGGUACUUUGUUGGAUGAUAUCAAGACUCUUGAUGAUAUCCAUAAACAUUAA